AUGUUGCCAAACAUCUCAAUCAUUGCGAACGUCUGCUCGCAAACCUUGGUGUUGAACAGGGGACAACCAAGGGACAACCGCCUUGCUGCCCAGCCCGAAAGCAGCGGCAGCGGAAGCGAUAGUGAUGAUGAGGACGAUGUGGCUAGCAGUAGUUGCAAGACUGCAGCCCCUCCCCGGCAAGGGGAGCAGUUUAGUCCGAGCGAGGCCGUAGAGGAUAGUCAAGGGAACGCGACGAUUGGAGAUUCAGCUGAGUUGAAUGAGGGGGAGCCUAUGGUAGUUGGCGCAGCACCUGAGGCACCUGAGGAGGAACCCACGGCUACUGGCGGUGCAGCCGAUUCCGCCAAAGGGAAGCCUAAGACUACCAGCGGGACCACUAAGGGGAAACCUAAAGCUGUCGGAGGCCCUCAAAAGAUAAGCCUCGAGUACGACCACGACGUAUAGUCCACAAAUGACACAAGUGAAACACCUUAUAACCCGUGUGACAGAACAUUCACACAAGAAAUAAACAAUUCACAAGUAAAGUACAUAAACGUACGCAAACGAGCGUACAUUCUCGUCUCGUCCAUAAGUCCAUCAGCGAAGUGUAAGAUGAUAACCAAACACCUUACGCGUUUAUACACGAUAUUCGCGUAUUCACACCGAUUAUAACCUAAGACGAUUAUAAAAGACGGUAAAAUGAACGUGACGCUAAAAUGUCGUGACAGGUCGGUCCACUCGGCGGCCUUCACGUAGCAGCAAGCAUCGAGGUAGCUGCGGAUGAGUUGUAGGCCAAGGUGGAAGCCUGUGAAGGCUUGCAGACGAUGGCCAAUCCCUUGGCGCCUUCUGCUCAUUGGCCAUGAAGUCCGCACUGAUGUCAUCAGCCUGCUCUAGAGCAGCCUGAUCGUCCCGGCGGCGCUUCUCGGAUACCUUUUCUAUGGCAUUCAUCACCACCGUUUCUAAAACCGCGGCGCCGGUUUUGGCGGUGCCGGCCGGCGGGGAGGAUCCAAUGGCGCCUAAACUCCCACCAGCCCCACCUGGAACAGUGGCGACAUUCUCGGUCGAUGGCGCAUUGUCGUUAAUAGUUGACAUUGGAAGGAAUUGAAAUCGGAAAACGUAGAAAACUUGAACAGUUGUAGGUCGGAACUUGAAAUGGUAAGGCUUCAAGUACAG